GUUGUUUUCUGAUCCCGAAGCUAAAUGGCCUGUCGGGAGCCGGUCUUAGUGCCAUGGCGGUUGGGGCUUGCUGGGCGGCAGCUGCGGGAACUGGCUGAGCCGCCGGACUUGUUGGCCAAGGCAAGAGAGGCGGUGGGUGUGCACGUGCUGCUGGAAGCAUGCCCUGUGUCUCCCAAGCUCAAGGUGUUGACCAUCCGCGGCAGCAUGUGGCAGAAGCGUCAGGCUGUGCGAGCGAUUUUGGAGCGACUAGUGCCACGUGAAGGCUGCUUGUCACUGCUUCUGCCCAGCGCGGGCUUCACGGCGCUGCAAGCACCGGGGCUAUGGGAAGGCCUGAAGCUACUUGGCGCGCAGCUCCAUGUUCCAGAGCCCUUGGGGGAGCGCUUUCUGGCCCUCGCAGAAGGCAACCCAGAGCAGAUCCUCUCUACUGCAACCAGAGUGAACACAGCCCUGCAGGAUCUUGCGGACCAUGGACGCUUGCUCGAAGCACAUUUUUCAGAGGACCCCGGGGCAGCACCGCCGCAGGUGCUGCAAGUGCCGCAGCAGCUGUUGCACCCGCAGAAGCUCCAGGAGCAGACGCAGCGCGUGCUGCAGGAACGUUUUCAGCCGCUGGCGGGUUCCGGCGCUGCUGUGGUCGCUCGCGCUGCCUCGAAGCCACCAAGAACUAAGCGGGUAGUAGCUCGCGGCGGAGUGCUUACAGCCAAUGUCGAAACGGGCAACAGCUUGCGCGAAGCAGCCAGCCACCCAGCGUUCUCAAGAAGCCAACUCUGCUGCGCGAGGAGGAUGCGAAGAGCCAAGGACAGCUUAGCGCGGCAGGAACUCCGUUGCGGCUGCUUCUGCCUAAGCGCCUCGCGGAUUUCCUGGUUCCAGACCACUUGGCAGCAGUGGCGCGCCGCUGCGCCGUGCGCAUCGACGUAGCGCCAUCGGACGGCGGAUGCCAGGUUUUGCUCACUGGUGGCCUGGCGGAGGUCGCCAUGGCAACAUUGCAGCUGCAGAUGCGAUGUGCCCAGCGAGCGUGAAAGAGCAAAGCGCCGC